GUCUGACACAUCUCAAAACAAAUUCAAAUUGCACUCUUAAUGAGGUGCAGGCACAUAUACCUGUACAAGUAGGCAUGUCUGGGAAAGGGAGCUCGACGUUUCACACAGACGACUUAAAAACAGUAUGCUUAAAGCUGCAGACCUCUACUUCCACAGGCCUGACGUCUGCAGUGGCAAGGAAACGUUUGAUCGUAAAUGGCAAAAAUAAAAUGAAUUUGCCGGAGAAACCCGAAUUCCGAUGUCGAAAGUACUUGAGAAACUGUUUUUGUGGCUUGGCCUCAAUCAUAUUUAUUUCCAUUGUUGCCUGCUUCAUUCUGGACCACAUUCAGCAGGAUAAACUGUCUGGACUUUUUCGUUACAUUCAAGAGAACAACGACUUCCUCGUUGCAUGGGCCUUCAUGGACCUGAUGCCCAUGUACUGCACAGUGCUCAGAGAUGGCCGCAAGCAGAUAAUACGCUCGGAAGACGUUGUUGUGGGCGACAUACUGAUGAUCAUGUAUGGCGAGCGCAUUGCGGCCGAUGUUCGCGUCUUUGUCUCACACGACUUGGAAGUGAACAAUGUCGCCCUCACCGGUUACUCGACUUCGGUUAUAAUCAUUCCGAACAUCAGUCAUCCAAACAAGUGGAUCUCUCGCAAUGUGGGCUUCGCGUGCAGUCAUGUCACGAAGGGUUCUGGCCGAGGCUUGGUCAUUGCUUGUGGCGUUGAUUCCGAAGUUGGGAUCAUGGCGCGUUUGAGCAUGGAACCGCGUCCCUUAACCAGGCCACGUAAGCAUAUGCGACAGGUUAGCUUCUAUAGGUACACCUUAUGCGCCAUCAUGUGUCUUGCGUUCUUCUUAUCAUUGAGAAUGGAGGGCCCUCCGGCCCCAAUCCUGCUAGAUUUCUAUGUUAGCUUUACAAUAUGUUCGUCACCUGUCUAUUUGCCCACCUUGAUUUUUUUCGGACUGUGGCAUACCAAACGCCAGCUGCUGAAGAUUGGCUGCUAUGCACGAAACAUGGAGGCUGUCUCGACACUGGGACUGACUACAGUAAUUUGCAGUAAUUUAAUCGGUUCUAUGACACAGAGAGCUUGGAGGGUCUCAGAGUUGCUGGUGGAUGGCGAAAUGCUCAACGUGCAAAAGGACUUCGUGGCGACUAAUCACUUUUUCGAUCUGAUUCGCGCUUCGAUACUGUGCAAUCACGCCUACGUCACGCCCGGCCAGAGGGGCUUGCCCAAAAGCGAGCAUAACUUCGAUGGCACUGACUACGACAAGGCCUUGCUCAAGUUCGGCAGCCAGUUCGUGGCGAGCAUUGAGAUGCUGCGCGUCCAAUUUAAGAGAUUGGCCAGUAAGUCCUUCGACGCCAUUACCCACUUGCAGGUGAGCGUCCACAGUACAGAGAACGUCGAUGGCGAGACAGAAUAUCACCUAUUUAUACGUGGGCAUUUGACUGAGGUCAUGGACCAUUGCAGCACCUGUUACAUGAAAGCUGAUGAGCCCAAAAAGCUGAUCAGGUCUGUGCGCAAUUCCGUUGUUAAGAAAGGUUCAAUGAUGGAUCAGCUGGGCAGGCAUACAUAUGGUUUUGCCUCGAAGGUAUUGACGGCUGAUGACUAUAUGCUCUCGUUGAUCUCGAACGGCUUCAGCUACAGCAAAAAAAACACAUAUAACACUUUCAUGCAAACGUAUUCUUAUUCAAUGUGCUUUCUGGGGCUCAUUGCCGCAAACAAUCCGCCGUAUCCCAAUAUCAUAAGUGCGGUGGAUCAGUGCCGAAAUGCAGGCAUCAAGCUGGUGCUCUUGACCCGUGCGGACGUCAGUUUUUCGCGUGCCGUUGCCAAGUCUGUGGGCGUCAUUGGCGAGCUCAACGAGACCGCUGAGGAUGUGGCGAAACGACUUCGCAUACCCAUAACUCGGGUCGAACGCCGGAUGAUAACAGCCGUCACGGUCAACAUGCAUACCAUGAGUAAGCAGCCGCAUCACCAGCGCUGGGAUAUCGAGCAACUGCUGCUCGCCCACGUGGACGUCGUCUUCAACCGCAUUGCUGUCUCCCAGCGCCAUUUGAUUAUCGACGUCUGCCUAAAACUGGGCGCUGUGGUAACAGCGAUCGGUAGCUCAGUCCACGAUACGUCAGCUAUUCGUUGCGCCAACGUGGGUGUCUCGGAGAGCGCCUCGUCAAAUGUCAGCCAGUCCUGUGCCGACCUCAUUGUGCUGGAGAACAACUUCGUCACGUUGGUAAAGGCCAUUGCCAAGAGUCGCCUGCUAUUUGAGAAUAUGAAAAAGGCCGUGGUCUAUGCGCUCUCCUCGAAUAUGGCCCAUCUAAUGAUUCACCUAUUUUUCAUAGUGCUAAAGAUGCCGUUUCGAAUGUUUCUGUUGCCUUCCAUAUUUAUAGCAUUUUUCGUGAAUCUGAUCCCGGCCUUGACGCUGUUCUAUGAGCCCCCAGAAAUAGAUCUAAUGAAAGUGAAGCCGAAAGUCAAUGAGGAUUUCCUGAUCAACCGACGCAUGUUGUUUGUGGCCUUCAUCACUGUGGGCUUGCUAGAGGCCUGCGCCGUAGGACUGGCCUUCAUUGCGUACAUGUUGUUCAACGGGUUUCUGCCUGGAUUCUUGCUCGGGCUCAGCGUGCGAUGGUAUGAUGAUUCCGUCAAUGACUUGGUUGACUCCUAUGGCCAAGAAUGGACGCGCGGUGCACGGUUGCAGCUGGAGUAUGAGAUAACUUCAGUUACCAUCAUCACCUUAACCAUAAUGCAGGGCGUCAAUCUCGUCCUGACCAAGGCAGGGCGUGCAAGUCUCCUGAGUCAUGGCUUCCUCAACGUUCGCCUGAACAUUGCCAUUUUCUAUAUGAUCGGCAUCUGCAUUUUGUUCACCUUUCUAAGCUCGCCAAACGUACUAAAGUGUUUACCCGUCGACUAUCUACCCAUCUUUCUAUAUAUCUUUCCGGUGGCUAUACUGACCAUCAUUGUAGAAUCAAUGCGGCGGUUUAUAUUGAGGAAAUAUGGCGGCAGUUGGAUCGAGGAAGUAUCAUAUUACGGAUGUACAUAAGAAUAAUAUAUUGAAGAGGCGGGCAAUUAUUUAAAGGAAUAAAGGAUAAAAUGUUCAUGUCUACUGUCUCAAUGUUAAUGUUUUAUAGAUAUAUAUAAUAG